AUGUGGGCGGCACGGCACUUGUAUGCGCAAGGCCGUAUUGCCCAGCGUUUCUAUAGCACUGCAAAGCCGCACAUUACCAUGUUUACCGGCACAGACUGUCAGCUGUGCGAGGAGGCAAGAGAAGUUUUGGCGUCGGUGGCUACGCCAUUCUCGCUCUCGCUGUACAAUAUCCGCGACGAUGCGGCGCCGAAUGCAGCGUACUGGCGCCGCAAGUAUCAGUACGAUAUUCCCGUGUUGCACGUCCGGUGGGAGGAGCCGGCCGAUGCGUACGAUGUCGGCUCAGAAAGCCAUCGAGCAAGCGCUGGCAAAGCGCUCUUGUAG